AACAGUGUGUACCAGCCGAACCAGGGGCAGGCUCAGCCACCCAGCGUUAGUGCCCUCAACAGCCUGAACCAGCCCCCCUCUGCCAAUCACAGCUCCUCUAACCGCUCAGGCUCAGGUGUGACCUCCCAGCGCGUGAAGCGAAGCACUGGCAGACACCUGUCACAAAAGGGCGAGAGGAAGAUGAGUAGUGGUGAAGCUCCUCCCACCAUCACCAUGGCUCUGAUCAACCCCCAGACCCCCUCCGCCUCAGCCGACACCAAACAGUCUUCCACUCAGCAGUUAUCCAUCAGUGUGUGUGCUGCUCUGUACUCCUACAAGCCCCGUCGUUCUGAGGAACUGGAGCUGAGGAAGGGGGAGAUGGUGGGGGUGUAUGGGAAGUUUAAGGAGGGCUGGCUCCGAGGCCUCUCUCUACGGACAGGCAAAGUGGGCAUCCUCCCCGGCAACUACGUCACACCUGUCCUCAGAACUUCUGCCAGGCUCUUGGAUUCCAAGGCAGUGACAGCAGGCCCUGGUACAGUCUCUGGAAGAAGAACCUCCUCGUCCUCCAAAACGCCAGCGGUGGUUCUAGCUCUCGACAGGGUCAACUCAGAUGGCACUAGUUACUCUACUGGACAACGGCUACCGCAGCAGUCUGUUUCCAUGGCCACGCAGCCUAUGAUAUCAUCAGGCGGCGCCACCAGACAAUCCCUGCAUGGGGUGAGCUCGGAGGGAUGGGACACAGUGAGGAGGGUCUUCCAUCGUUCCCACAGAGGCUCAUCUCAGCGGGGAAAACACUACCCCCACACCACCAUCUCAUCCAGCUCAGCCCUUCAAUCCCAGACCCACAGUCAGAGCUCAUCCCAGAGCUCGUCCCAGUGCAGUAACCACUACCCCCACACUACCAUCACCACCUCAGGUCUUCAGCCCCAUUCUCAGUCCCAAUCUCACAGCCAGAACUUUAGCCACAUCCAGGGUCCUGGCUUCUCCCCUGCUCUGCUCAGGAAGAAACAACACAUGAGCAUCCUGCCCAAUCACUACAGAUCUCUGGCCUGGAUGUCUGAAGGUCAAGCGCCCCCUAGUGGUAGUUCUAUGAAGGACAGGGACACAGCUGCCAGAGAGGUGUUUGAUAGGCAGGUGUUGGAGACGAAGCAAGCAGCAUCGAAUGGUCAGCACCCCAUACACUCUAUCCUAGUGAGACCAGACGCCCUCAAGAACAACACAGAGAAGCCCACCAAGUCAGUGCGGUUCCUGACCCAGCCUGAUUCCCCUACACCACGACCCAGGACCACCUCCCUGCCCUCGGGUAGCCAGCCCCCCGCCAGUACCCGGCCUGGUCCACCUCCCCUGGAGGUCUGGGCUCCAUCACUCACACUGGGGCGAGAUGGGCCUGGGAUCAUCCUGAAAGAAGGCAAGGCUCCUGUUCUUCGGAAAGGUCUGGAGACAAACCCCUCUGAUGUUCUGACUUCCAAUCAGAAACCUACCUCUUCAUUAUCCUCAUCAGCACCAUCUGCGUCAAUGCAGUCCAGCAGCCCUAGCAGACACAGAGUAGCGACGUCCUACCAGGCCCAGACAGAGUCAGAAAUGAGCCUGAUGCAGGGUGAGCCUGUCCUGCUUCAUAGACAUCGCCCUGACGGACGGGUUCUGCUCACCCAGGAGAGCAGUGGCCACACGGGCCUCUUCCAUAGCAGUGUUCUACAGUUCCUAGACCGGUUCAGUUGACGGCCUGUAGUGUUUAGUUAUUAUAGGUGUGUUUUUCACAUAGAAAUAGAAUGACUAGAAUGGGGGAAGCUCCUUAGAACGUGACAAUUUGAUAUGCAACUCAUACACUCAUGGGUACAUUCAACAUGGCCACCGGCCCACCCCAUCAUGUGACGUUGACUUGAAAAGGAAUGUCCAUUUAGAAAUUCUAUUUCUAUGGAUAUACACCUGUUGACACUGCCAAACGAGAUGCCAAAUCUGUGGAAGAGUGUGCGUGUGUAUUUUAUGUGUGUUGAAAAUAAUAUAUUAUAUUACUGCCAUAUAGUGACCAAAAUGCAAAGGGAAACAAGUUUCCCCCUUGAGAUUCAUUGGACCAGUUUUAAACUGUAGACAGAUAAUUAUAAGGUUCUGAGAUAUAUUUGUGUAUAUGUUGAUGUGCAGAAGCAUGAGUUGCACAUAGAUCUACUGUAUACAGUUAUUUUUACCAAUCCGUUGCACAAAACCACCUCAGACCAAUGUUUUGCAUAAAGAUUGAGUGUUUUCUUUAUUCAAGAGCAAAAGGACACAGUGCCUUUGCAAAGCCCACAGAGUCUAGAUUUGAAAAACAACAACAGUGCUCUUACCAGAGGCUAAAUGUAUAUUAAGUGAUGAUCAUAUAGUGGUGAUAAACAAUGCUUUCGUCAACUAUAGCAUGCGUUUGUUACAUUCUCAACAUGAUUUUGCUGAAUAACUGCACAUCCAUGUUAUGUAUCAGACUUUUCUGAUAAGAGACACACAUGUCCUCUAAGGGAUUCUCCUUCUCUGCUCUUUGAGUGCUGAAAAUAAAUAAUUUAUGACACAUUAUAGCAAAAAUACUUGUUUUA